GCCCUAUGCGGGUACGUGCCGUAGUCGAGAAUCAUCAUUAUUAAGAAUCUCUGAGCAACGUACAGUCCUGACACGCCAACCUGUCUCUCGGAGAUGCUCGUCUACGCAGCCCUUGCCUGGUGCCUUGCUGCACUGCUGGCAGUGCCUCAUCGCUGUGACGUCCCCGUUCCGUGCACAACUGACGCCGACUGCAACAACCAUACAAGAUGCAUCGCACAUCGUAAUUACGCUACAAGUUCGACCUGCGAGACUCACAAGUACUGCACUGGUGUGACGAACACUUCUUGUUCUUGCCAUGGCAUGUACAAGUGCCGGAUGAUGGACUGCCAGGAAACUCCGUAUGAGUGCUUGAUCCUCGAAAACCUGGAGACGAGGUGCGGCGGGGAAAAGGGCCCCGAUUGUGCGAUGAACGAGUACUGCGCCUACGGAUACGUCGGCUCAAAGUGCAAGAAGUGCCCCUGCUACGGAUCGCAUCAGGCAACUUGCAUCCGGAAGCAGUCCAAGAAUCUGUGCAGUCCCGACAGCAUCGUGCGGCUGGACAAGGAGUCAGGCUACACUUGUGACAGCUGCACCACGGCCGCCUCGGUUCUUACCGGGUCAGAGUGAUGACGGGCCUCGUCGAGGAGAAGGAAACGAGAAAGGAAAAGGAAUACAAUGCCCACGAGAGGGCGCAGAGAACUCUGA